AAGGCCGAUCUGAGACAGCAACGUAAGACGGCUCGGGUGUUCUUCAGUUCACCAUUCGGUGGACUGGAGGAGGAACGUGAGGAGUUAACCAAGAAGUACUGGCCUCGGUUGUCGUCAAUUUGCAAGAGAGCUGGGUACGAAUUUGUUCCUGUUGACAUGAGAUGGGGUAUAACCUCGGAGAUGUCAUCUAACGCUGCCACUAUUGAGAUUUGUCUUCGAGAAAUGGAUCGGUCUGACAUGAUUGUGGGCUUCUUUGGACAGGUAAAAUGCACCAGAUGAGAUCUUACACUGACAUAAAUUUACGAUGAUCUUAGUGUGAACAAAAACAAUGUUUAGCUUGUGAUUCCAAUAAGGGAACUUUGUCACAUUGUAAUUUGGCAAAUAACAAAGAUACAUAAGCAACUAAGAAAACUUAAAUUUCAGAUCUCUUCAAAAGAACUUUAUUAAAACGACUGAAAUAAUCAAAUAGAGCGUUUUCACUCACGUGGCCAGCAUCUAUGCAAAUUUAUGAGGACAAAAAAAUUCUACACACGAAAAGAGCCCAACUCCCAAAGGAUUCGUUUGGAACACCAAUAUGGCCGCCGUGACGUCAUGUGAAAACGCUAUAUAAAGAUAAAAAAGGAUUGUUUUUGCUUUGAAGUCCUGUCAUUUGAAGUUAAAUCGUCAAGACACAUGACACAUGAUAUCGUUUAGUCAAGAGAUUUCAUCAGAAAAGUACUUUUUAUUGCAAGAUUUGCAAUUGUAUGGGACCCUACAGUUUUAACACUGAACCUUUGUUGAUAAUUUUUGCGAUAGGGCCCCUUUAACCCGAAUCCAUAAUCAUUUGAGGUAGAGUGUAAAUCCACAUACAACUUAUAAUUCUGUAAGUAAUAACUAAAGACGGCCUUUUAAACCUAUUACAAUGAAUAACAACCUAUCUGUCUUUUUUCUGGGAUUAUUUGUCACGAAUGGCCAGUUAGACCCGUUGUGCAUCUCAUGUCCAAAAAUGCAUGCAGUUACGAAAAUGACGAAUCUGCCCAAAAAUUUGCCUAGGGUUUGGCGAGUCAGAUGCGAUGUCAAGAGGUGCCCCUUGUAAAGUAACAUUAUUCGCAGAAAAUGGCGAAUUUGGCGAAAAUUUGCCACCGGUUUGACAAAAAUUCAAAUGGGUUAUCAAGAGGUGCCUCUUGAUGAAUUUGCCCGAAAUUCGCCGUUUUUAUUGUGCGUGUAUUUCUGGACAAUCUUUUUGCAUCUGACAUAAAAAGUAAGAGCAGUACCGAGAGUAAAACUGAAGACAACAAUAACAAUAAUAUUUACUGACAUUAUUUUGUUCAGCGCUAUGGGUGGCAUGGAUUCGAUGCCCUUUUGCAAAAGAGUUUCGAUGUUGCGGCAAUGAAAUAUCCUUGGCUUAACGAUUACCGAGAGAAAGCUGUGACUGAGCUGGAAUUCCUACACGGACAUCUUAGAGACCCUGGAAAGAGAGCUGCCUGUUUCUUCUUCCGCGAUAAGGUAAAAGACAGUAUUUUUAACUUCCUUUCAACCAGCCUUUAUAACAUUUCUCAGGGCCUGUUUACGCGAUCUGAACGCAAAAAUUCUGAUUUCAUGAUAACCGAGCCAGCUCGGUUAGCUAGAAUCCCGGUAUUAUGAUGAUGGGAUCCCGACUAACCGGACUGGAAAUUGGCCAUGUAAUCAGAAUUUCCGGACCAACCCCGCGAAUCAAACAACAGCAGGACAGCCGGUAAUACACUGCUCAUCCGCAAUGCUUCCAUCUUUCUGUAAACGUACUUGCUCUGCUCCGGAUUGGGCCGUUUCAUGUAAUACCUGGAUAAAAGACUAAGCACCUGCAGCGGGCACAGUUAGCCAGCCCGGCUCAUCUUAUCAGGCCAUUGAUGUGCUGAGAAGUAGUUUCUAGUCCAUUAGGGAUGCUUCUCAUUAACAUCUGGGCGUGGGCAUUUCGUAAUUUGAUUACGUGAACAACUUAACACAUCGUAAGCCUGUAUUAUCUUCGUAUCAUUUCUUUCUGUUUUUUUUCGUCGCCGGCACGAGUCAUCCUUACUGAAAGACGUCCGUGUAAUGAAUACCAUUGUUCAUGCAGACCACAUACUUUUAAAAUUGACAUUGCAGUCUUACGAUGACACGAAACUGAAGUUUGCUGAACAGGCGGGGGAUGAAAGACAGGCACGUAAAUUCCGUUCUUCAACAGACGGUCCUAAAGCUGCGGAGUACUUGGCAGACUUGAAAGAAAGAGUUUACAAAACACAAGACAAGGUAGGCGCCAGGUCGAAACACUAUUCUGGAGGGUUUGGGUCAUGUCUCCGAUAGAUAGGUUGUUAAUAGCGCAGGUCUAAUGUAACCCCUAAGCCUGCAAAAAUCCCUAUAAAACAUGGAACAGCCAUUAAAGACAGGAAAAGCGUAGUGUCAAAAGAUCCCCAUCCCUUCAUUCUUUAGCAACAGAAUGAGGUCUGGGCACGAUCUUUGCUGGUUGUAUAUAAUCCAGUCUCGGUCUUAUACCGUAAUCUUCAUG